AUGGCUUGGCCACCUCCCUACUGGCUCUGCCUGCUGGGGACCUUGGUAGGGCUCUCAGCUACCCCAGCUUCCAAGAGCUGUCCAGCCAGACAUUAUUGGACCCGGGGAGGAUUGUGCUGCCAGAUGUGCAGGCCAGGUACCUUCUUUGUGAAUGACUGUAGUCAGAACAGAACAGCUGCCCUGUGCGGCCGGUGCAUACCAGGCAUCUCCUUCUCUCCAGACUACCACACCCGUCCCCACUGCGAGAGCUGCAGGCAUUGUAACUCUGGUCUUCUCACUCGAAACUGCACAGUCGCUGCCAAUGCCGAGUGCACCUGCUCCCAGGGCUGGCAAUGCCGGGACCGGGAAUGUACGGAGUGCGACCCUGCUCUCAACCCUGCACUGCCCAUACAGCAGUCUGAGGCCCCAGGCCCACACCCACCACCCACCCACUUACCUUACGCCCAAGAGAAAGCACAGAGGAAAGAGGCCGAGAGGGCAGCCACUGGGAAGCCCCUAAGCAUCCUCUUACAAAGCCUCUGGGUGCCCUUGCCUGUCACAGCCCAAAGACCCCUGUGCAGUUCACACUGUAUCCGAAUCUUUGUGACCUUCUCCGGCAUGCUUCUGGUCUUCAUCCUGGGUGGAAUCUUGCUCUUCCGUCAAAGACGAAAUCAUGGACCAAAUGGAGAUAGCCAGGCAGUGCUUGAGGAGCCCUGUCCUUACAGCUGCCCCAGGGAGGAGGAGGGCAGCGCCAUCCCCAUCCAGGAAGACUACAGGAAACCGGAGCCUGCUUCCUACCUGUGAGGCAGGGUGGGGCGGGGCCCUUUCCACUGAGGCACCAUCCAGGGGGAUGUCCCCUACCAUGGGCUUCAGAACCCUUUCCUGUGUGCACUUUGACAAACCGCCCUUCUGAGACUGAUAGCGAUGAGAACAGGAUCCCCAGUGUGAGGUCCAGCAGGCUCGGGGAGUCCCAGGCUCUAGAUGUAAAACCCACUUAUUAUAAACGAAGC